AGUGAAUUUGACAUUAUCUGUUUAAGCCUGUGAAUUGCUCUAAUUCACCGUUUCAGUUUCGAUUCGAGGCGUUUCUUCAUGAUCAUGGUGUUGCAUAGCCGAGUUUUUGCUCUCGUUUUGUUAUUACUCGGCUGUAGUUUGAGCUCUGCUACUGAGGAUGAUAUUAAUUGUUUGAAGAGCAUCAAAGCUUCGCUUAAUGACACUCUUGGCUACUUAAAUUCUUCUUGGAAUUUCAACAACAAUACCGAAGGAUAUAUAUGUAGGUUCACCGGUAUCGAUUGUUGGCACCCGGAUGAGAAUAGGGUUCUCAAUAUCAGGCUUUCGGAUAUGGGACUCAAGGGUGAGUUCCCUCAAGGAAUUGUAAACUGCAAGAGCAUGACAGGCUUAGAUCUUUCAAGCAAUAAGCUGUAUGGAAGGAUUCCGCCUAAUAUCUCCACCCUUAUCCCGUAUGUCACCUCCCUUGAUCUCUCAUCUAAUAAUUUCUCUGGAGUUAUCCCGAGAAACCUCUCAAAUUGUAGCUUCAUAAACAUAAUGAACCUUGACCAUAACAAUUUGACGGGUCCAAUUCCUCCAGAACUCACCUUGCUCAGUAGGUUGAAAACCUUUAGUGUAGCUGAUAAUCACUUGACAGGGCCAAUUCCGGUUUUUCUUCAUUUAUCGUUAUCCGCUGAAAGUGUUGCAAGUAAUCCUGGACUGUGCGGGAAGCCUUUGGAUCCAUGUGUGGCGACUAUGAAGAACACAAAUACUGGAGUGAUUGUUGGGGCUGCUGUUGGUGGGGUGACAGUUGCUGCGAUAGGUGUGUUCAUCGGUCUCUUCUUCUAUCAACGCAGAUUAUCUUCCAUGAGGAAGAAGGAUGAUGAUCCAGAUGGAAACAAAUGGACCAAGAGCUUAAAGGGAGUUAAAGGCAUCCAGGUUUCCAUGUUUGAAAAGGUGGUUGCCAGAAUGAGAUUAAGUGACCUUAUGAAGGCGACAAACAGUUUCCACAAGAAUAAUAUCAUCAGUUCAGGAAGAACAGGGACGAUGUACAUAGGAGUCCUUGAAGAUGGCACCUCGCUAAUGAUUAAGAGGUUACAGAAUUCUCAACACUCGGACAAAGAAUUUUCAUCUGAAAUGGCUACUCUAGGAAGUGUGAAACACCGUAACUUAGUUCCCCUUUUAGGUUUCUGUGUGGCGAAGAGGGAGAGGCUUUUAGUUUACAGAUUCAUGGCAAAUGGUACUCUCCAUGAUAGCUUGCAUCCUGAGGAUGAUGCUAACCGAGCGCUGGAGUGGUCCUUGAGGCUUAAAAUUGGUAUGGGGGCUGCCAAAGGAUUUGCAUGGCUCCACCACAACUGCAAUCCUCGUAUACUUCAUCGAAAUAUAAGCUCCAAGUGUAUCUUACUAGAUGCAGAUUUUGAGCCCAAAAUAUCCGAUUUUGGUCUUGCUAGACUCAUGAACCCAGUAGAUACACAUCUGAGCACCUUUGUGAAUGGCGAGUUUGGGGAUUUAGGUUAUGUUGCCCCUGAAUAUGCCAGAACUCUUGUGGCCACUCCGAAAGGAGAUGUCUACAGCUUCGGAGUCGUCCUUCUUGAGUUGGUCACCGGUGAAAGACCAACCCAUGUAGCCAAAGCUUCCGAUGGCUUCAAAGGAAGUAUGGUAGAGUGGAUUACACAGCUAUCUAACGAUGGAAAACUUCACGACGCUAUCGACACAUCCUUGGUUGGGAAGGGUGUUGAUAAUGAAGUUUUCCAAUUUCUUAAAGUUGCUUGUAACUGUGUAUUGCCACCUCCCAAGGAGAGGCCUACCAUGUUUGAGGUAUACCAGCUUAUAAGAGCUAUCGGGGAACGAUACAAUUUUACCACCGACGAAGAAAUUUUGAUGCCUUCGGAUUCCGGUAACGUUGAUUACUUAGAAGAACUUAUCGUUGCUCGCUCGAUAAAUCAACGAGAAUAAGCGAAGCGAUACAGGUUGCAGUGAGUGUUUCUUGUGCAAGUUUAAAUAAAGGGUUGAAAUUAUAUAUACUCACUGUAAUGGCAUGAGU